CAGAGCCAAAAACAGCGCGCGCGCACCCACAGUCUACACAUACAGCGCAUGUGCGUUCAGUUAAAGCACAGUACGCCACAGAACGCCGUGACCUCUCAGCCGAGGUUUUCCAAACGGGCCUCACGCAAUCUCAGUAAGCGGAAAUGGCGGGUCAGUCAAUGGAUAUAGUGGCGAAGGUGCUGGAGCAGCAGGUGCUGCAGUCGGCGCGGCUGGUGGAGGAGCAGCUGGACGCGGAGCUGGGGAAGCUGGAGAAGAUGGAUGAGGACGAUCUGGAGAAGCUGAAGGAGAGGAGGCUGGAGGCACUGAAGAAAGCACAGAAACAGAAGCAGGAGUGGCUCUCAAAGGGACAUGGUGAAUACAGGGAGAUCCCCAGCGAGAAAGACUUUUUCUCCGAGGUGAAAGAAAGCAAGAACGUGGUUUGCCAUUUCUACAGGGACUCAACGUUCAGUUGCAAAGUUCUUGACAAGCACCUGACUGCGCUGGCCAAGAAGCACCUGGAGACCAAGUUCAUCAAGCUGAACGUGGAGAAGGCGCCCUUCCUGACGGAGAGACUGCACAUCAAGGUCAUCCCCACCAUGGCGCUGGUGAAGGACGGCAAGACCAAGGACUACGUGGUGGGCUUCGGCGACCUGGGCAACACGGACGAGUUCCCCACCGAGGUCCUGGAGUGGCGGCUGGGCUGCGCUGACAUCAUCACCUACAGUGGCAACCUGUUGGAGCCUCCCACAAUUGGUCAGAAGUCGGGGUCAAAGUUCACCAAGGUGGACAAGAAGACCAUCAGGGGAAAAGGGUACGACUCGGACUCUGACGAUGAUUAGAGGACACUGCCCACUUCCUGUCUCUCUCUCAGGACUUCCUUUUCAGUCCUUGGUUACAGACCAGCAGUUCCAAACCAACUAAAUCACAGCUCGUCCUUCUCAUUUAAGGCAUCCUCAUUUUCCUCAGCCUAUCAGAUGGCUCAAUAAUUUAUUAGUUGCUGAAUAACAUUUUUGUUUGACUUUUUUUUUUGUUGAAAUAAUUAAUUGAAAAAUAUUGUUUUAUUUGGUACUGAAUUUGCCUGUAGUGAACCAUCUUAAAUGCAGGUAUCAGUAACUGGGUGUAUUCUGUGAUUCUGAAUAUCACAAUUUACCAAGCAUGUUUGUACACUAACCUGGAGACUGGUUCUGUCUGAGCUAUAAACACACUGCAGCAUGCGGCAAAUCAGGGGUGUGUGGUCUCAUCCGAAAAGGGCCCGGUGUGGGUGCAGGCUUCUAUUUCAGCCCAGGACUACAACACCUGACUCGACUGAAAACGAUCAGUUAAUUCGUCAAGACCUUGAUAAGCAGAAUCAGGUGUCUUAGUGCUGGGCUUAAACAAAAACACCAGCCCAUUUCAGAUAAGACUGAACACCCCAGAUCAAAAUUAAAAAGGUGGUUUGAUGCAGCAACAUCAAGCCCAAUGACUAGGCAAUAUCCCCCUCUUGGACUUGUGCCUGUAACAGUACAUUUUGAUGAAAUUAGAUUUUUAUCUGAAUGUUAAAAUCUUUCUGAUGUGUAUUCAUCUUUUGCUUUUAAAAUGUUUAAUUUUCUUUUUUUUUUACAGCAGUGGCACUAACAUUAAUGAUCGCCUCUUUAUUUUGGGGUGGUGGGUGGGUGGAGUGAUCCUUCAGCUGCCUAUGAGGGACUAACUGUGUCAUUCUGUGAACCUCCUCCUCCUCGUUUUGUCUCAUUGCUUAAGAUGGUAGCACAGGUUUUGAGGUUUUUCUGGAAAUGUGUGCUUUAUCUUAAAAUAAACGGACUCCCUGGUA